AAAAAAAAUUGUUUCAAACGUAUGAAACAGUUCGCUUUAGUUCAAUUUAUUUUUUUUUUUGAGAAUGGAUUCAUCAAAACUUGAUUUAAAAGAUGACAUAAUUGAGAUACUCAAAGAUGCGGACCUCACUAAACUGUCUACGAAAAAAAUUAGGAUUCAAUUAGAGGAGAAAUAUAAAGUUGAUUUGAUGGAAAGAAAAUCAGAGAUUGACUUUUUAGUUAUGGCUGAAAUUGAAAACAUUGAAAAGUGUAAAAGUACCAAAAACACUAACUCUAAAGCCAAGCCCCAACACAAUGGACCGGCUCCAAAGAAGAUGAAGAGGGAUAAGGUAGAGGAAGAAGAGGAUGAUGAUAAUGAUGAUGAUGUAGACGAUAAAAGUGAGGACGAAGAGGAUGACAAAGACAAAGAUAAAAAUACUGAGGACGAUGAAGACAUCGCGAGGCAGUUGCAGGAGGAAGAAGAAAAUGGUGCCAUUAGGAAAACUCGACAUGCUCAUAAGAAAAAGACACCAGCUAAGUCAGAAAAGAAAGAGAAAAAACAGAGAAAAAAGGGUGCCCCUAGGGAGAAUCGAUUUACUGAAACUUGCAACCUAUCGCCGGAGUUGGCAGCCAUAAUGGGAGAAGAUAAGUUGAAGAGAAGCGAUGUAGUCAAAAGAAUGUGGGCUAUAGUGAAAGAAAGAAAUCUUUUUGAUCCAAAGAACAAACAGUGGAUGAUAUGCGACGAUCAGAUGUACUCUGUCUUUGGCAAGAAGAAGGUGAAACUGUUUGGAAUGAUGAAAUAUCUAACAAGCCACAUCUACAAGAGUGAUGAAGUCAUUUCCUCCCCCUUGUCGUCGUGAUCGUCAUCAUGUCCACAUCAUUAUUACGUCAUCAUUAUCACUUCAUAUUCACCAUCUUCAUCAUCAUCAUCUCGUUAUUACUUUUCUUCUUUUUCUUAUUAUUAUUAUUUUUAGAUUCUUCUUCAUCAUCGUUGUCAUCAUCAACUAUACUACUGCAACAACAACUACUACUGCUGCUGUUACUACUACUACUACUACUACUAUUACUACUACUACUACUACUACUAUUACUACUACUACUACUACUACUAUUACUACUAAUACUACUACUACUACUACUAUAGUUACUACUAUAACUACUACUACUACUACUACACUGUAAUUUUGUACUUUUUAAACAUUUAUAAACUGAAUAUUAUUAUUAUUAUUUAAAAUAAUAUUAUUAUUUUUAUUAUUCCUUUGAUGGGCGUUCUAGCAUGUUUUAUUAUUAUAGUUUAAAUUAAUUUUCAUUUUAAUUUUAUAACAAGCAAUGACUAACUCGACAAAAUGCUCGUGCGUGUGUGUGCGUGUGUGUGCGUGCGUGUGUGUGCGUGCAAGUGAGGUUCCGCUUUCAGUUCAGUUAUUGGAUUAAGCUUUAGCAAAUUUCUGUGUUUAAUUUUUAUUUGUAUAUGAAAAUAUUUAGUUGAUAGUUUGAAUAAACAAAUGAAUAAUCAAUAAUUAAAUUAAUUAAUUAGAAAGUUUAAGAGGAAUAAUAAAAAAUAAAAAUAAUUUGGGUUGUUUUUUAUAAAUUUAAUGAAUAAAUGAAGAAGAAUAGGCUAGGAUAAAAAAGUUAUUUCCGAAGUCCUAGAGGUAAAAGUUCUAGACACAGAUUUAAAAAUAUCUCUACAUAUUGGAAGUUUGCAAUAUUUCACUGUACAGAAAGGUUUAAAAUUGUCACAACGAAAUUCAUUCAAAAAUUAUUUGUAACAGUAAGCUGUAACGUAGAGCUGCCAAUGUUUCGAUGCUAAAUCAAUGUUUUUACAUUUACAAAAUUGGUUUGAGUGAAGGUUUAAAGUUGAAAAGUAAGCUUAACUUCUGACAUUAUGUUUCAAAAUACGUCUCUACAACAAUUUAUUACAGUAGAGAGUGAAUAUUUCCAUUAUGAGGAAGGAGAUGGCAAACAUUGAAUGGAACGCUGUAUUUCUGCUAGCUGAAUUAUUUGGCGUUUUCCUAGCGGUGGUUGGUGAGGUUGUGGUUAAUAUCCCGCCUGUGGUUGCAGCAGUUGAAGCUGCAGCAGUAGCUGUUUUGGCGUCUGUAAUCGCAACAACGACAUCGAGGAUGGCAGACAGUGGAGGCCGCUGUCGGUGGCUUCAAUCUGAAUCAUUAUCUCUGAGGCCAGGCUGACCGGCUUGACGACACUCAACCAGCCCGUCGUGGGU